UUCCACAGCCAAAAAGAACAGAUAAAACUUUCCUUAGGCUAGUUCCAGAAGACCUGGAUUCUGUUUGACUAUCAACUUUUUGGAUAAAGAUUUUGGGGUUCAAGAUGAAUAAGACAAAGGCUAUUAAUGAUGGUUUUCCUUUCCUGAACAGCAAGAACUGGAGCUCAAACCGAAGCUUCCCCACACAUAUUUCUAAUCAGUGCAGGAACAUCACUGACCUCACUGUCUUUCUGGCCACCUCUUACAGCUUGGAGACUGUCCUAGGCAUUGUGGGAAACAUCUGUCUGAUUGCUGUUAUCGCCAGGCAGAAAGAAAAGGCCAAUGUCACCAACGUCCUAAUUUCCAACUUAAUACUUUCAGACUUGUUUAUGUGUCUUGUCUGUCUGCCUUUCACCAUUGUUUACACCAUGAUGGAUUACUGGAUAUUUGGGGAAGUCAUGUGCAAAAUGACCUCUUUCACUCAGUGCACAUCUGUGACUGUGUCAAUUCUUUCCCUUGUCCUCAUUGCUCUGGAAAGACACCAGCUCAUCAUAAAUCCAACUGGCUGGAGACCAAGUAUCUCCCAAGCCUAUCUAGGAAUUGGAGUAAUUUGGACUUUAGCAUGUCUCAUGUCACUGCCCUUUUUGACCACAUCCAUCUUGUCCAAUGAUUUGUAUGCCCAGCUCUCACAUAUCAUGAAUUUUUCCUCUGACAAGGCCAUAUGCAUUGACUCAUGGCCUUCUGAGCAACACAGACUUAUCUACACUACCACUUUACUGCUCUUCCAAUAUUGCAUCCCACUGUUCUUCAUUAUACUUUGCUACCUGCGCAUCUACUUACGUCUACAGAAGAGAAAGGACAUGUUUGAGAAAAGUGAAUAUAGCAACCGAGUGCUUCAGCUGAGAAGGAUAAAUAUUUUGUUAGCAUCUAUGGUUGCUGCUUUUGCUGUUUGCUGGCUACCACUGCAUGUUUUCAACACCAUUGUUGACUGGAAUUACAAAAUAAUUUCUCCUUGCCACCACAAUCUGAUCUUCUCAUUGUGCCAUCUGGUGGCUAUGGCUUCCACUUGUGUCAACCCUGUUAUCUACGGUUUCCUAAAUAGCAACUUCAAAAAAGAAGUGAAGUCAUUGAUUCUGAGCUGCCAGCAUAAUUCAGUAACUGCAUCAAUGGAAGAAUAUGAUCAUUUGCCUUUAUCCACCAUGCAGACUGAAAUUUCCAAGGGCUCACUGAUGUUGAACUGCAGACAUAAUUCUAUUUAGCUAUUAGAAAACAUUCCAGAGGGGUGCACUGACACCACACACUAAUUAUUGGUGUGGGUAUAAAAAGCAACUGGUGAUGUCAUAGAUGGGAUGUGAAUGGGAACCCAUUACAGCCUGCUUUGUGGAAGAACAGGCAAACGAAGGUCAUAUUAUCAGUAGCUCCUAUGGUACACAGGUUGUUUGUGUCAUUGAGAUGGUACAGACAUGGAAGAGACUGGCUGAUGUAUACAUGGCUCCUCUAACAGAUUGGUAAUUAAGCUGUGGCUGUACAUAGACUGACACGGGAUUCAUCACCUAAGCUCACAUCUCUGCUGUGGCUGGGGUAGUAACACAAUUUCAGCCCUGUGGGCCAAAAGUUGCAUUGUUGGUCUCUCAGAUUUUCAGUGUUAUUAAGAUUUUAAUGAAAGGCUGACACAUCAGCAUAAGAGAGAGAUGUAAAUAUCUAAAUUUUUGUGCUUUACCAAAUCAUAGCUCAUUAGACAACAGUAAUCUUUCAGCAGAUCUAGUUCACAUCAAACAGCUGGUUUGUAUGAAACUUCUCUCUCUGUCAUAUAGACUUGGGAAUGGCCAUUACCUCUGAAAGUAGGGACACAGAACAAUGACUCUGGUAUGUAAAGAUCAUUGAGGGAUGGUGGCAAUUGAAAAUGUUACUCGGUGAUUACACUCUUCAAACACAUUGAGAUGAUGCCGAGCACUGUUUUUAAGCAAACAAAAACCAAUAAUAGAUCUAUAUGGAAACAAGUCUGGUUGACUUUGAAACUUUCUCAAUCACAAAGCCCUCCAAUACUAAAACUCCAUGGUGGUACAAGGCAGCUGGAUUGCUGGAGUUGUCCUGGAUCUUGGUAGCAAGAUGUCCCCUGCUUCAGCAGCAUCUUGGUACUUUAAUUGCAGUGCCUCUCAUUCAGAAAGUCAGAACAGACAUCAAAACUUUUUUUUUUGUAUAAACUGUGUGUUUUCAGAGUGGGAACACUCCUAAAGAAUCAUAUGUAUGAAGGCUUUCAGCUUCCUGUUAAAAUAAAACCAGAUGUCAGAUACCAGUCCCAGUCACUGCCAUCAGCAAGAGACGGAGCUGAAAUUCUAGCUGAUCAGUAGAAGGUCAACCAAAGUACACAAGUGGAAUCCAAGUUGGGUUGAAGCCAAGUUACAUGUAAAUAGACAGUAUUGUCAACUGCUCUAGAGUAAGGGUUGUGUUUUUUUCACAUCUGUGGUAUUUUUAGUCUUUGUCCUCAAAACUUACAAACCAUAAACUCAUUUUAACCUCUGGAGUCAGAGACUUUGCUCAGUGACUACUGAGAAACCAAGAAAUAAGGAUGCUCAAAAAGCCCAUACUGAGGAAUGGGUUAAUAAAAAACGCAGAAAAUGUGAAAAGGAGACCAACUAGGUCAAUGCUAAAGAAAUAUUGAAGCACAUUCUGUCCUGACUUGUUAAACUAACCUUAGCAGAAGACUGGAGUAGGUGACCACCUGAGGUAGUUUCCAACCUGAACUAUGCUACAAGAAGCAGUCGUUACUCAUUGCAGUCAAUGGGCUUGCACUAGUUGAAGCUAUCCAAUGUGUAGUUAUGCACACAGCUAGAAAUCCCUAAGCUAGAAGGUCUCUGCUUAGACAUCUUCUUUAAUUAUCUGGCAAGACAUUUUGAUUCUUUUAAAUGGACUUCUGUUUUCUUUGUUAUGCGCCACACUAGUAUGAGUAGUUGUUUCUCUUAUUUGUAUUCCAUGUUAUUUCUCAGCUAGAGAUUGAGCCUAUUAGAAACAGAUGACUCUCAUUUUAUCUUAUAUGCAGCUUGAUAUUUCCUUGUGUAGCUGAAACCAAAGCUGAUACAACCACAUGAUGCUGAGUAGUACAGAAUACAGUAACUCCUCCUCAUCAGCUUGACUUAUAAAGAAAUGGUGUUGUAUUAUUUGAGGGCUGAAAUACUGCUUGAACUUUGUAAUGUUUUUUUGUAUUUAGGAUCAAUUUCAUCCAAUUAGCCUUGAGUAAUUUUGCCUGUUUCCCGCAGUGGUUAUAAUCCCAACAUUUAAUUCAAGUGUGUGUCAAGCUCUUGUAAAAAUACUCUGCUAAAUACGAACAUAGACUGUUAUCUCAUUUAUGAACUUAAGUAUACAACUUUUCAAGCAUCAGUGCUUUAGAAUUUGUACUUCCAUUAAUGUGUCCUUGUCACUAGUUUUAUGUGAUUUUUUUUUGAUAGAGUACUUACAGUAUGUCAGAGACCUGCCACUAGAGCUAUUCAUUUGCAUUGUUCAUCAGGUCAUAGUUUUUUCUGCAAAUGGUGGAAAUAUCAGCAGUAUUUCCAGACUCUUUGUUUGACUGUGAUUCAUGUGGCCAUUUGUAUCCCAUGAUCACAAGUAAAUAUGUAAAGCAAGCAGAUCCAACUUUACAGUAACUGAAAUAGACACAAAUGGAUGUAUCUUCCUCGAGUGAUUAAGCAAAGUGUCAAGUCUGGAAUCAAGUACUAUUUGUUGCUAACAGACUUUAGACUAGAUAAACUAAAGAAUUUAAACACUAGAAGUCAGCAACACAUCUUAACAGCAAAAACUCAGAUCCUCAAGACUCCUAGCCAGCUGCUGCCUAUUCCUCUACUCACAUACCAUACAUUUUCAACCUCUAAAAUUCCCUAGGUCCUUUAGAAACACAGGAGAAAAAAUUAUCAGUUCUAAAGAAUUACAUUUCUACGCUGUGUGUAAGCAAUGUCUUUACACACCAGGCACUCUGCUAUUACAGCUAUUUGUGCUAGCAAAGGUAGCUUAUCAUCAGCUCUUCAUUCUGUGUGGACAUCAAGGUUUAUGCAGCUGUGCACUAGAGGACAUUAUGCUGCUAGUUUUUAAGAACUGCUCUAGCAACUGUCCCGCUCCCUUUGAAGGCAAAAGCACAAGACUGGAUGCAAUCAUGCCUGUGUGGUUCAAUGAGCCAUUUUUUUUGUUGCAACCAAGACGGGGGUUAUAUCUUUCUGGUACCAGCAGAGGGUAACAGAAUAGAAAUAGCUUACAUACAUUACAUACAGGGUAACAGAAUAGAAAUAGAGGGUAACAGAAUAGAAAUAGCUUACAUACAUAUCCAUUUGUAAAUAACAAAUGAGGCUUAAAUCUAGGAAGGAUCAAGCAUUUUUGUGUUCAUUGUAUAAAGUGAUGGUUUUAAGUGUGUUCUUUACAAAGUUCUGCUACUCAGUUAGAAAAGCAAAGUCAGGGAAAUAUGCAGAAGUUGUGCAAAUCAUGAGUUUAUACAAUUCUAAGACCUUAUCCAGGUUUUAUUUUGUUUUAAAGCUUUUUAUAAUCCUGCCUCUUGUGACGUGUUGUGAGAUAGUAAGGUUUUGCAGAGCAAGAAAAUAACUUACUGCUGUGAUAAGUGGCAUGCU